AUGACAGAAUUUAUUGUAUAUGAAGAUUCACCUUUUGCAGAAUAUUUACAAUCUAUUGAUCAAGCUGAAGCUACAAUAAAAGUUGAAAAACCUACAUUGUCAAUAAAUACAACUCAAUUAAAAGAAAGGCCAAGCAUGUUAAGAAUGUGGAGACAUUCCAUGUUACAUGGUUCCUUUUCCAUCUCACUACCUCGAACAGAGGAAUCAGCCUUUGAAGAAAAAUUUAAAUAUUUGAUUGUAACAUCGCCCUUAUUAAGUGAAACCCUUUCAGUUCAUCAUCAUCAUCAUCAUCAUUAUAAUAAUAAUAAUAAUAAUUCAAAACAAAAGAAGCAGCAACAACAACAGUUUCCUGAAUUACCCUUUCAAGCUACACCAACCACGACUGUCAUGAGUAGUACGACAACAACACAACUCAUCGCUAGUCUUGCCAUCUUGUUUGGUAUCGAACGUUAUUUUUUAAGACCUCAAAAAUUACCUAUCAUCACUUUUCUCUUUUCUACUUCGACUUCUCUUUUCUUUUAUUAUCGUCAUCGACAACGUAAAUCCAUCCGUGAACUUUAUCAGGUCGCUCUUGAUCGAGUUCAAUCCUUUAUGGAUCAUAGUGAUCAAUUGGAUACAAAAAUGCAUCGUGCAUUCAUCACCAUUCAAGAGAUCGAACUCGUUUCUCGAGGAUAUCGUUUAUCAAAACCAUAUUCACCUAUCUCUCGUAUUGAACAAAUGAAGUCCUCUAAAAAGAAAUGUCAAAGACUUCGUCAACGAUUAGCAUCUAUCCUAAGAAGAGCAUUUAUUAUUUAUGAAGAAGCUAUCAUAGAUCUAAUGAGUGUAGUUCAUAAAAAGAAUGUAAAUACUCUUUAUGACAUGUAUAAUGUACAUUCAAUUGCCUCUCUUUCUGCUGUCAAUAAUGAUAAUGAUGAUGAUGAUAACAGUCUUGAACAAUUAAAAAAGUUGGCUCAAAUUAUGCAUUUAAAAAGAAGAGAAUGUAUGGUUCAUUUAUUAGCUUUAGAAAACAUGUCAACGACGACGACUACUGCUACUGCUACUACUACUGUUACUGCUACUGCUACUGCUACUAAUACUACUGCUACUAAUACUACUAAUACUACUACUAAUACUACUAAUACUGAAGGUCAUGAUGGUAAUUCUUUUUUAAUUCGAUUAGAUUAUCAACAGGGAUGGAAAAUUGUAAAUGACGUAUUGAAAAAAAUGCUCUGUGAAACUGAACAAUGUAUAAAAGAUAUCAUUGAAGCACUUGAUGCUGAAUUUUAUAGAAAUACAAAUACGAGUACAGCAACUACAACUGAAGUAAAUUCGGAUCAUCAAAUACAAGACAAACGUCUCAAGAAAUUUGUGCAUAAAUUAUCUUCUCUGGAACAACAAUUAAGAACACUGGAAGCCAAAAUUUAUUUAUGCAACGAACAUGUGCGGCAAUUUAAUUCAGAAACAAAAGAAAACCUCUAUCAUGAAUACAUGUCAAUCCAAAAGGAAUUUGAAUUUGUAACUUCUGAAUGGGAAAGCGGAAGGAUUAUUUUAGAAUCCUUUUUAUCUCCUACAAAAAAGGUAGAUACGACAACCAUUGACACUCAAAGGGAACAAGGAGAAGAAGAAGAAGAAGACAAAGAAGAAACAAAAGAAGGAAAAGGAAUAGUGUUGGAUGCAGAAGAUGUAGCUGAUAUUUUGAACUUGCCUUUAGCUUCAAAGGCAUCUGUUUAUGAAGCUGUAGCAGGUGUAGUUGAAAAGAAUGGGAAAGAGAAAAGUAAAAAGAAGAGAGAAGAAAGGAUUGAAGAGAUGAGAUUAAGACGUGCAAGAGAAGCUGAAGAGAAAGCUGCUCAAUUAGAUUCACAAAAUAUGGUGUAUGAAUUAAAAAAUGUACUUUAUAAACGUGUAACAGAUCUAGACCUGAACACUGAAGAAGAUAGAAAAUAA